AUGGGGUUUAAGAUUUUUUCAGUGGUUUUCACAGUGUGUGUUGUGUGUGUGUUGGUCGAGUGUAAGUACAUGAUUUACAACACUUCUCAUGGCACUGUGCCUGGAAAAAUCAAUGUCCAUUUGGUUUCUCAUACUCAUGACGAUGUUGGGUGGUUGAAGACCGUUGAUCAGUACUAUGUUGGCUCCAAUAAUUCCAUUCAGGGCGCAUGUGUGCAAAAUGUGUUGGACUCAUUAAUUCCAGCAUUGCUGGCAGAUAAAAACCGGAAAUUUAUUUAUGUCGAGCAGGCUUUUUUCCAGCGGUGGUGGAGAAACCAGAGUGACGACAUGAAGAAGAAAGUCCGAAUGCUCGUGAAAUCGGGUCAACUUGAGUUCAUAAAUGGUGGUAUGUGCAUGCAUGAUGAGGCGACAACACAUUACAUUGACAUGAUAGAUCAAACAACACUCGGCCAUCGAUUCAUCAAAGAGGAGUUCGAUGUAAUUCCGAGAAUCGGUUGGCAAAUUGAUCCUUUUGGACAUUCUGCUGUUCAGGCUUACCUUCUUGGCGCGGAGGUUGGAUUUGAUGCUCUAUACUUUGCUCGUAUAGACUACCAAGAUAGGGCCAAAAGGAAAGAUGAGAAGAAGCUGGAGGUUGUAUGGCAAGGCUCCAAAAGUCUUGGUUCUUCCUCUCAGAUAUUUACAGGAGCUUUUAAAACCCAUUACAGCCCUCCCGAUGGUUUUUCUUUUGAAGUCAAUGAUGACUCCCCUGUAGUCCAGGAUGGUCGUGUCAACGCCUUGUAUUCGACUCCGUCUAUAUACACUGAUGCUAAAUACAAAUUAAAUGAUUCUUGGCCUCUUAAAAUUGAUGACUUCUUCCCUUACUUGUGCAUCAGAUAUGCAGACACUAAAAAUGCGUACUGGACCGGCUAUUUUACAAGCAGGCCAGCCAUCAAGGGUUAUGUCAGGAUGAUGAGUGGCUACUACUUGGCGGCUAGGCAAUUAGAAUUCUUCAGAGGAAGAAAUAAACCAGGGGGCCCCACGACUGACUCCUUAGCCGAUGCUUUAGCGAUUGCACAGCAUCAUGAUGCUGUUACUGGUACGGAAAAGCAACAUGUCGCUAAUGACUAUGCAAAACGGCUUUCGAGAGGCUACAAGGAGUCAGAGGAUGUUGUGGCAGAAUCCCUUGGCUGUCUGACGCAAUCGUUGUCACCUUCGAAAUGCAAAAGUCCUUGCCCACUUCUCAAUAUAAGCUAUUGUCCUGCAACAGAAGUUGAUCUUUCUCAGGGGAAAAGAUUAGUAGUAAUUGUCUACAACUCUCUGGGCUGGAACAGAACUGAUGUAGUCAGAAUUCCUGUGAUCGAAAAGAGCAUCACUGUUAGAGAUUCUGCAGGAAACAAGAUUUUGUCACAGCUUAUUCCCAUAGUAAAUGUGUCGAUGUCCAUAAGGAAAUUCUAUGGCACUGCAUAUAUGGGUAGAAACUCUUCAAGUGGUCCUAUGUAUUGGCUGGCAUUCACGGCUGUUGUUCCACCUUUGGGUUUUAGCACUUAUGUGAUCACUAGGGGCGGAUCUUCUACUUUAAUAAAACCGGUUUCGGUCACGUUUGAUGAGAGUCAAAAUGGUGAUAUACAAGUAGGGCCCGGCAAUGUGAAGCUUAUAUACUCUGGAAUAAAUGGAAAGCUUGCACAAUACGUUAAUAGCAAAAGAUCGGUAAACAUUUCUCUAGGGCAAUCGUUUAUAUAUUAUUCUGGGCAUAAUGGGAGUAAUGGUACCACUCAGUCUUCUGGAGCAUAUAUUUUUCGGCCAAAUGGCACGUUUGGAAUUGAGCCUGAGAGAAGGAAUCCACUAACAGUUUUUAAAGGACCACUCUUUGAUGAAGUUCAUGAGAGGAUUAGUUCGUGGUUAUAUCAGAUUACAAGAGUUUUCAAAGACAAGGAACAUGCUGAGAUUGAAUUUACUGUUGGCCCUAUACCCAUUGAGGAUGGAGUCGGGAAAGAGAUUGUAACUCAGAUAAAAACAAAUAUAAAGAACAAUAAAACAUUUUAUACAGACUCUAAUGGCCGUGAUUUUCUACAACGGAUUCGUGACUAUAGAGCUGAUUGGGAUCUUCAAGUGAACCAACCAAUAGCUGGAAAUUACUACCCCAUCAAUCUUGGAAUUUACAUCAAAGACAAAAAUACAGAGCUAUCUGUUUUGGUAGAUAGAUCGGUUGGAGGAUCGAGUAUUGCUGAUGGUGAAGUAGAGAUCAUGCUCCACAGGCGAUUGCUUCAUGAUGAUGGUAGAGGUGUUGGGGAGCAUCUCAAUGAAACAGUUUGUGUUCGUGAUUCAUGUUUCGGUUUAGCAGUCAAUGGGAAGUACUAUCUGAGGUUGGAUACAGUUGGAGAGGGUUCCAAGUGGCGUCGUUCGUUUGGACAACAGAUAUAUUCUCCAUUAUUAUUGGCUUUCACUGUGGAGGAUGAGAGCCAGACGAAAUUCUCAGUCCCGACUUUUUUGGCCAUGGAUCCUUCGUAUAGUCUACCUGAUAAUGUUGCAAUAAUAACCCUUCAGGAGCUUGAGGACGAAUCUGUUCUCCUUCGGUUGGCACAUCUUUACGAGGUUGGAGAGGACAAGGACUUAUCUGUCACAGCAACCGUAGAGCUGAAAAAAGUUUUCCCGAAUAAGAAGAUCAAGAAAAUCAUGGAAAUGAGUCUGUCUGCUAAUCAAGAGAGAGAAGAAAUGGAAAAGAAGAGAUUAUCUUGGAAAGUCGAAAGCUCCCAUGAAAAACGAGGCACCAAUUUAAGACGGAGCCCUGUCGACCCUGUGAAUUUGGUGCUCGAACUUUCUCCCAUGGAAAUUCGAACAUUCAUCAUUAUCUUCAGCUGAGCUUUCUUGUUCAAAGCACCAUAUAUAGAGCUGGUGAACCAAAUAUCGUAAUGGUGCAAAUUGUUGACGACGAACUACAGACAAUGAAGCAACAAAAUCCCACGUGUCAGGUCAGUCUGAAAGCGUAGAAAAAGAUAAGCAAUCAACAGAAACCGGGCAAAGAAAGGGAAAAGAUGAUUGGU